UUGCAUGACAGGAGUUUCUAAUUGCAAAUAACAACAGACUCUGAAAGGAUAUGCAGGUGGCUACUGCUUGACUAAUGUGUGUUGCAUCUGUUAUUUCAAAGUGGCAAUUACACUAUAAAAACACAUCAUCUCAGUAACAGUACAUUGAUUUUAUGCUAACUGAAAAUCUGGCCCUUUACAUAGUUUUUUGUCUCUCUCUUCCCACAAAAAAUAAUUUUCUUCUGAGUACAAUAAAAUAAAAGAUCACACUGGUUCUAUGUUAUAACAGCAGUAUUAUGUUCUGCUAGGAAUCAGCAAUCCUGCCUCUGGCCAUGAAAUUCAGGUAAUGACCCAUAACUGAAGUAAAUUAGUGUUUAAUUCCCCAUUCCUUGCAGACAGCUUACUAAUGGAAAUUGAUUUCUAGCUUUUUUCUUUUUCAUUUAAGGUGCUCAUGUAAUGUCUUUAUUUUAGUUUCUGCUGGUUUCCAGUGAUUUUAGCCAAAAGGCUAGCGUACAGGAGACCACAGAAAGCAUCUGGUUAAUCAAUGUUCUGUUAAACAAUGCGCUGGGGACUGAAAUGGCAGACAGUCUCAUAGACCCAGCUGGCUCUUUCUGUCUUUUACUCAUAGCCAUAGAUAAACACGUGUGCUGGGCCGGAUGCUCAGCUGGAGUAAGCCAGUAGAGCUCUGUUGAUACCCUUAUAACAUGCACAGAAGUCAUACUAUUAUGGACCUGACAUACAACCAUUCCUUAGACACAAGCUCUUACCCAGUUAUCAUGUUCAUUUGUACAUGCCACACUUCAGCACAUACUUUCUCACAUGCGAUGCACUCCCAGCCAGAUACUUCGGUGCUGCUCUGUCACCUACAGUCACCCUCUGACCUACGGACAAAACGCUUGUCAGCAAACCAAGCCAAGAGGCAGAGCCUCAUGUGUUCCUUCGAUGUGGUGUUCGAACAGAGGAGCUGGAUCCGCCCUCUGAAGACGGUUACUCAAUCACCACCAAAAGAUCCCCUGUAAUUCUUGCAGAGUUCAGGCUCUGUUGUGUAAUCUGAUAGAGCCACACACACACGCCCUUUCUUCUGCUAUUUAGGUAAAACUCAGCUGGCAAUUUCUUCACUGUAUAGAAGCACCAGCAUUAGAGACAGAAGCCGGCCUUGGAAAGCCAACCCCUUUUCUUUGCAAGGGAGAGAAAGGCAGUAACAGACGGUAAGGUUUUUGUAGCUCAAACCCUGUCAGUUACAACACCUGUGAGCCAAAAAGAGAGCGUUAUCAUAAUGUGUUAUUUUCAACCCUUGGUUACUUCUACAGCCUCCAUCAGGCUAGUCCGGCAACUACAAAGGAGUUGGGAGGGGGUAAAAGUCUACUUUUCCCAUUUUAUUUUUCUAUAGAUGCUAUACUAAAAUGCUGUUUUACCCUUUAAAAACAGGACUAACAGCUAUUGCUUUGCUCAGUGUCGGGUGAAUUUUCUGGUUCCAUAGACACUUUAAUAGUACUAUACGUUUUUUGGUAAAGGAGUUGUGAGAGAUGGUGUCUGGAGUAUUUGUCCCUUAUUGAUGUGUAAAUUGGCUUAUACUGCUGGUGUGUGUUUCUAAAGAUGAAUGCUUUGUAGCAUGAUGAUAAUCAUAAUAAUUAGCACAGGAUAUAGCAAUGUGUCAAUUGUGAAUUCAAAUCCCAGACAGAGAUGACUAUGCAUAUCAGUUCUUUCCUGCUCUCUGUUUCUCUGACCAGCGUUCAGAGCCAUCAGGUUCCCAGGGACGUUUCUCUGGACGAGGGAAUUUUCUGAGUUUGCUUCUCCGUUCUUGCAUUACUAAAAACAACACGCUUUCCCAAGUGCAGGUGCUCAGAUGCCUUUUGCGCUGAUGCUGACAGCAAGUACAGAACUGCUGCACUCCUGCAGAAUCCCAUGUAUUAUCCCAGAUGAAUGCUAAUUCAGCUUUAGUUCGUGAAUGGAUCAAAGGGAAGGCCAAUACAGUGACAGAUGGAGGAAGGACACAACACCAACAGGUUCAGAAGCCUAUUGAUGAUGGCAGGGGAAGAUAUGGGACAGAAUGAAAUGCUAGAUGUUAUCCUUAUCACCACUGUUUUGUCUGGGAGCAUAAUGUAAUUAUUAAAGUAAAUGUUCCUUCCUUUUAUGCAAUGAAGUUGUUGUAAGACUGUGAGCAAAUCAAGAAGCUGCUGCUGUGCCUCGUUUUACCCAUUUGUGAUAAAGAGGCAAAAGGCUACUUCAACUCACCAAAGAAGGAUGUGGCCUUAUACCGCUGGUUUUAUUGUCCUGCCUCAUGUUGGAGGAUUCCUUGGCUGGUUCAUUAAUCGCAAAGAAGUGUCUACUUGGUAUGAGAAGCUGAAGAAACCUUCUUGGUGUCCACCCCGCAAAGUAUUCCCUGUUGCUUGGACCAUCCUGUACACUGGCAUGGGCUAUGCCUCUUAUCUGAUCUGGAAUGACCUGGGUGGCUGCAAUAGCAAAGCCAUCAUCCCGCUUGGCCUCUAUGGGGCUCAGCUGGCCUUGAACUGGGCUUGGCCUCCCUUCUUCUUCGGUAUACAUAACUUAAAGAUGGCACUGAUUGACAUCCUGUGCUUAGAUGGACUGGUGAUAGGCACGAUGUGCUCAUGGUACCGCAUUAACAAGAUAGCAACGCUGUUGAUGGUGCCUUACUUGGGAUGGCUGGCCAUGGCGACUUGUCUGACAAUCCACAUCUGGAAGGAAAACCCUGAGCAAAAACCAGGAAAGACCGAAUAAGACCUGGACAGAAAUGAAGGCAUUCGGUGAAAUUAAACUAUGCUGAUGUGAACCAAGAUCUAAUAAUUUGGGGGCAUUCACUUUAGGACAGGCAUCAGAACAUACCUCCUCCUCUCCUUUCAUCAAGGCCGGGUGAAAGAAAAGUUUGUGCCAUGCACCUCUGUGUUCCUUUAAGGUAACCAUGCAUCUUUAACCUGGGAACUUUUUCCUCCAGCACUGUAGAGGCUUGGGGGCUACAGCUGUAUGGUGACCUUAAUUGUACCAGGUCAAAUUCCAUCAGUCAAAUUAGGAUCUCUUAUACCAGUGUAAUUCAGAGUAGCAAUCCUAGAAUCAGUGAAACCCCUCAGAACUGCUACCAGUCCCCAAGAGAGCAGAAUUUGUUCACACACAUAGUAGAUCUUAUCUCUUCUUCUGGGACCAAACAAAAAUGCCCUUCACUCGUGCAAACCAAUUUUAAAAAAUUUACUUGUUUUUUUGCUAUCCUUGCUGUUGCUUCGUUCUGGUCUGCGCUUUUUACCGUUACCUUUUUAUCUGACAACUACUGAGCAAGCAGUAAUUCUGUCUUGUUGUGCCAGUAAAGGAGACUGGGCGCUUUGACUUCUUCUAUUUGUGGAGUAUCACACUUCUUGAGUUUCAUGCUCCAGGAUAAAGCAACAAUGAUUAGAAUGCAAAUGCUUGUCCCAAGAGGAAAUUCCUCUCUUCUACCUCUGUGUGCUAUUCCUCACCAGAAAAGAAAAACUAACAUCAGUGCCUUUGAAAAAAUACUUAAAAGAUUUUUAAGUACUGAAACACAGGAGCUUUUGUAAAAUUAAAAGCUUGCUAACCUUGUCUUGAAGGUUGUAAUUACAUGAUUGUCAAAUGCCCCAUGCAAAGUCUGUCAGGUGCAGUACAGGUAUCUUACUCUAGAGUCUUUCCAUUCCUAAAAAUUAAUCAGGAAAUCAGGAAUUAAUCAGGAAAGAUUAAACUAUACAUAGUAUUCAAGAGGAAUGUGACCAACCCGUGAUACAGAAUCAUACACAAAAGGUGAAAGGAUUAGCUCUUUUCCAUCCUUUAUUCUGGCCCUUGCAUUUGCUAGAUCUGAGACUUAAAUGUUGCUGUCUAUUGGGGGAAUAUUUACUAAUAUUUUUGUUAAUUGAAAGAAGCGAUGUAUGUAAAGAAAAGUGGUAAGUGGAUCUUCUUCCUGGCAGCUGACUGUAGGUUAAGGUGGGUAGGUAAAGGAAGAGGUUUAUUUGGGAGGGGGAGGUGGCUUAGCUGGGGAUGUAAAAUAAGUUGUAUUUGCUUUUAAUAAAAAUAAGACAUUUUUGUUUGGA